GUGGCCCUCCCUCCCUCAGAACUAACCUUCACCAUCCGAAUCCUCGACGUCGGCCUCUGAAGGACUAAUCUGACAAAAUGCGUGAGUGUAUUUCCAUACAUGUUGGCCAAGCCGGUGCCCAGAUGGGCAAUGCCUGCUGGGAGCUGUACUGCCUGGAGCACGGCAUUCAGCCGGACGGCCAGAUGCCCAGCGACAAGACCAUCGGAGGAGGAGACGACUCCUUCAACACCUUCUUCAGCGAGACUGGAGCUGGCAAACACGUGCCCCGUGCUGUGUUUGUGGACCUGGAGCCCACCGUCAUCGAUGAGGUGCGCACAGGUACCUACCGCCAGCUGUUCCACCCCGAGCAGCUGAUCACUGGCAAAGAGGACGCCGCCAACAAUUACGCCCGCGGGCACUACACCAUCGGCAAGGAGAUCAUCGACCUGGUGCUGGACAGGACCCGCAAACUGGCGGACCAGUGCACAGGCCUCCAGGGUUUCCUGAUCUUCCACAGCUUUGGUGGAGGCACCGGCUCCGGCUUCACCUCCCUGCUCAUGGAGCGUCUCUCAGUCGACUACGGCAAGAAGUCCAAGCUCGAGUUCGCUGUCUACCCCGCACCCCAGGUGUCCACUGCAGUGGUGGAGCCCUACAACUCCAUCCUGACCACCCACACCACCCUGGAGCACUCCGACUGUGCCUUCAUGGUUGACAACGAGGCCAUCUACGACAUCUGCAGGCGUAACCUGGACAUCGAGCGUCCCACCUACACCAACCUCAACAGGCUCAUUGGCCAGAUCGUGUCCUCCAUCACCGCCUCCCUCAGGUUCGACGGUGCCCUGAAUGUGGAUCUGACAGAGUUCCAGACCAACUUGGUGCCCUACCCUCGUAUCCACUUCCCCCUGGCCACCUACGCUCCAGUCAUCUCUGCCGAGAAGGCCUACCACGAGCAGCUCUCUGUUGCCGACAUCACAAACGCCUGCUUCGAGCCAGCCAACCAGAUGGUGAAGUGCGAUCCUCGUCACGGCAAGUACAUGGCUUGCUGCCUGCUCUACCGUGGUGAUGUGGUGCCCAAAGAUGUCAACUCCGCCAUCGCAACCAUCAAGACCAAGCGCACCAUCCAGUUUGUGGACUGGUGUCCCACUGGCUUCAAGGUGGGCAUCAACUACCAGCCCCCAACCGUGGUGCCCGGUGGUGACCUGGCCAAGGUGCAGAGGGCCGUGUGCAUGCUGAGCAACACCACCGCCAUCGCCGAGGCCUGGGCUCGUCUGGACCACAAGUUCGACCUGAUGUACGCCAAGAGGGCCUUCGUGCACUGGUACGUGGGAGAGGGUAUGGAGGAAGGCGAGUUCUCCGAGGCCAGAGAAGACAUGGCCGCCCUGGAGAAGGACUACGAGGAGGUGGGCACAGACAGCGUCGGAGAGGAGGACGAGGAAGGAGAGGAGUACUAAGAAGAGAGCUGUCGAUCCAAAAUAUACCCAUCAGCCCUUUCUUCAUCAUGGGCGUCGCCUCGUGAACUCCAACACAAUACUCCCAAGCUGACCUCCAAAAUCUCAAUCUUGAAGAAAACCUCCGGCUGCCUCGGGCAGAUGCAAAGAUGAAAUACAGACUCUCAUGUCAUAACUUGUCUCCAUGGACUCUGGUGAAUAUGAAUGGAAAUGGCUCCAUCGCAUUUGGCACAUUCCACUAAGCUACAAGCACAUUCCUCCAAAUGGGUCAACGUUUUCAAUAAAAAAAAGCCUUAAAAAUAUACACAA